UCUGUGCUCUGUUGACGUAUAUGGUUAGAAACGUUGUGCAAGAAAAUACAAUAAAUUUCACGACGUUGUUGCAGAAAUUUGAGGAUUUUGUAAUUUUAUCCAUACAAGACAUUGAUAACUGAGGAUGUCGAAAGUAUUGGAUGAGGAAUUGAAGCAAGCCUUCUCGAAGUUGCACGAGAAGAUGGUAGAUACUAAGCAAAAAUUGAAGUUGGCCGAUAUACAAAUCGAGAAAUUACGGCGUACGAAGCAGCGGGCAGAACUCACCACAAAGGAAAUCAGCAGCUUACCUGAGGAUACAAGAAUGUAUGAGUCUGUCGGUCGAAUGUUCCUUCUAGAUAAUAUGAACAACAUUAAGGGAAAUCUGGAUAGUAGAAUAAAAACGUCCGAUGAGAAGAUCAAGACGCUAGAGAAUAACAAAACGUAUCUACAGCGGAAUUUGAAGGAGAGCGAAAAUGAAAUCAGAGAAAUGAUUCAGCAAAAGCAGAGCAAGGAGACUUCGGGUUAAAUGAGAUUUGCGCAUCAAUGUGUGAAUGUGCUAUUUCAGUUUUUUCUCAUCAAUCAUAUCUUUUGAACCUUUCGGAUUAUUAUU